CCAAGCGAACAUUAAAAUUGAAGCGCUGAUUGCGAGGAAAUAUUCACGCAAAACCCAAAGUUCAUGCUGUGUGAGCGAUACGACGAUCAAUCACAACACACGAGGACAAGUCGUUGCGCACGCCCAAGACUGAGAAGAAGCACAAGCGGCGAUCGCGUAGAAAAGAUGGCUGCACGAGAAAACUCCACCUCUUCCCAAGACUCCCACUCCCACUCUCGCCAAGAGAGUGCAGGCAACAUCCGAGAAGUCGUAGACGCCGUCCUACGCGAAGAUGCAGAGAAAGACAAGCUCCUUCGUCCUCCGACUCCAGGUACUUCGCGCUCCAGAAGUGGAAGUGAAAGCCGGCCAGGAAGUUCUGCGAGCAGCCAGAGGAGAUUGAGUGGGAGUGUGUGGGAUAAUGAUCAAGAGAAAAAGAAUCGGGAUAAGGUGAAGAAGUUGUUUGGGCAUCGUUUGGUGCCUUUCGGGUGGAAAUGAACUUGAAGAUGGUGAAUGGGGUAUCCGGGUUGGAGUUGUGGGAUGUGGGCGGCUGAGAUUGUGAGCGGUUUGCUGUAUUAUUAAGAUUGGACAUAUUCAUGAGAUAUGAGAUUAUGAUUAAAAAGUGAUAGACGUGAAAAGGGGCGAUGUGACGAUGGAUGAUUA